AUGGAAAGUCUUCAACACUUUACACAGUCGAGUCAGACUCGCCCUACAGAGUACAGGGGACCUUUUACGGACUCUGAGCAUUCAACACAAACAUUUCUUGAAUCCCCCAAACAUAACAAUUCAGACGUUCAGUUGCGUGGCUCCUUCCUUCAUUCUCCUUCUAGUGAUCAUAGUCCCGGUCUUUCGACGCCCAAGCCUCAUGCAAGCAAUCCGGCCUUCAGGCAGACCGCUCUGCAGUCUUUCUUUGAUGACGCUCCGGAUGAUACAGUGGACGACCCGGCUUCUUUCAGACUUGGGCUUGGUCAUACUUCUCCUACCUCUUUCUACUUGGACGGGAGCUCGAGAAUCGAGAGAGCUCAAUCUCCUACCUUUUACAGCUCGACAUCUCCCGCGCCGACGACUCCCGUGCCUCACAGCUCCGCAUCUUCGCGUUUAUCGUGUCAGGACCCUGUCUCAGGCAGCGAUAUACUUAGUAUUCCUGUUCCUCAACGACACGCAUACUUUUCCACAGGUAAUCCAGCUUCCGGUUCUGGUCCCGGAGCAGAUGUCUCUAGGGGCGUUUCGCCCACUUCGGAUCUUCGAGGUAGUAGCCAAGUAUCAUCCCCUGACCCCCAAGAUAUCCUCCAGUCUAUUUUAUCCUAUUUCGAGCCUGGUAAACCCAACUCCAAAAUAUCCGGCGAUCACCCGUCUACGAUAAAUUUUCAUCCAAAGCAGCUCACAGAGGCGAUCUUCAAAAAACAGCGAGCCGCGCUUGUUGGCAUUUUACUUGGUCAUUUCCCUAAAGUUGGAGACAUACGAUAUGCCAUGAGUGUGCUGAAAGACGCAUCACGGGCCAUUCUCCGAUUUCCAUCUGCCGCGGGCCCUGAAACGAGCUCAUGUUUUAGAAACAGGUGCAGAGACCUCUACAUGUUAGUAACGGAAUUUGUGAGAGGCAUAGAGGCACAUCAGACUAUAGACGCCACGGGUAUAAACAUGACUGCUGCGGCUCUCGCCACGAUCCUCGCUUUGGCAAUUGGGCGGCUCACCUUGCGUGGCCAUGGCGAAAGCGAUUUGAUCGCGGCUCAAUUCGUAGGCAUGGAGGCAAUGUUCAUGCAGCAGGGGCUGGGGCCCUUCAAUGACAAGCUAAAAUGGAACGGGGUAAUAUCACAGUUCUGGGAAGUGACAGCCCGUUGCGAUUUAUCCUGUGGGUGUUUCGUCUGCAAAUACAUCACCGAAAACAUACUCUAUUAUAUACAUGACUUGCAUGUCGGCCGCGCAGAAGACCUGGAGCGUCCUCCCGCACAGCCGUUCGAGACGUGGUUCGAUCGAUCCGAGGGCCAUUUAGACAAAGAGCUAGGCGCCUUUUACACGCAACUUGACAUCGCGCCCAACCUCGAUAUCUUGUUCCACGGCUGGAUCCUCGGCGAAGAAGAGGCAGCUUCCGGGGAAUGUGAAAGACUGCCCUGCGAAAGCUCUGCGUGUAUUUUCUGCUCAACGAGCCGGUCCAUGCAAUCUCGUCCUGCUCAUCCAAUCGCGCAUCCCAAUUACGUUUUCUUCAACAAGAACACCGAUCUGAGAGCGAGAGCUGACUUCUCCUCUCCCCAGCCGCACUUCCUGGCACGAAUUCCGAAAGAACCGGAUCAUGGUCCCCGGCACCCGUCUCCUUCAGGAUUUGACAUCAGUGAGCUUCGAUAUUCCAGUCGCUAUCGAUGGGAUGUCCGCAGAGAAGAGCAAUCUGCCCACCACCAGUGUCGGCCAGGUGCAUGCGCAUGCGAGGAAUUUGAAUCACUUAGGAUAUCCCCUGGCCAUUCUCAUAGGAAGUCGGCCAGGUCUACCUCCGAUCAAGCAGUAUCAAUGGGCAAGGGAAAUAGGAAUAAAAGGAGACAGGGCCCAUAUCGGACCAAGACCAGGCAUAGAGGUGAGUCUUUCAAAGUUGUGUUGUCAGCCAUAUUCGAGCUCAUGGGCGGGAGCCUCCCAGCCGGAGUUCUUUAA